CCCCGAGCCCCGGGACCCUCCUGCAGACCCCCCUGCCAUGGAGUCCGUGGCCCUGUACAGCUUCCAGGCCACGGAGCAGGACGAGCUGCCCUUCCAGAAAGGGGACACGCUGAAGAUCCUCAACAUGGAGGAUGACCAGAACUGGUACAAGGCUGAGCUGUUCGGCCGUGAGGGCUUUGUCCCCAAAAACUACAUCAAGGUCAAGCCACACCCGUGGUACGCGGGCAGGAUCUCCCGGCACCUGGCAGAGGAGCGGCUGCUCCAGCGCAACCACCUGGGAGCCUUCCUGAUCCGCGACAGCGAGAGCGCCCCGGGCGAGUUCUCCCUCUCCGUCAGCUACGGGAAGCACGUCCAGCACUUCAAGGUGCUCAGGGAGAGGAACGGCAAAUAUUUCCUCUGGGAAGAAAAGUUCAACUCCCUCAACGAGCUGGUGGAUUUCUACAGGAUGACCACGAUCGCCAAGGAGCAGCAGAUUUUCCUGUGGGACGAGGACCAGACCCAGGAGGGAUCCCAAGGCUCCUCCUCAUCCCGUGGUGGCACAGCCUCCCCACCAGGACCCAGGCAGUGCCACCCAGUGCCAGGGGCUGGCAGAUGGGGACCCCUCUCCUCCCACCAACCCCGGCCCUCGGCUCCCCUGCAGGUGAGGAGACCCCGAUUUGUGCAAGCCCAGUUUGACUUCUCAGCCCAGGAGGGCUCCCAGCUGCCCUUCCUGCGUGGGGACAUCAUCGAGGUCCUGGGCUGCCCCGACCCCAACUGGUGGCAGGGGAAGGUCUACGGCCGUGUCGGGCUCUUCCCACGGAGCCACGUCCACCCCAUCCACAAGUGACCUUCAGGUUACCAUUGAGUGACCAUCCACAAGUGACCUUCAGGUUACCAUCCACAAGUGACCAUCCACGAGUGACCAUCCACGAGUGACCUUCAGGUGACCAUCCAUAAGUGAUCAUCACAAGUGACCUUUGAGUGACCAUCCACAGGUGACUUUCAGGUGACCAUCCACAGGUGACCUUCAGGUGACCAUCCACAAGUGACCUUUAAGUGACCAUCUACAAGUAACCAUCCAUGAGUGACCUUCAGGUGACCAUCCAUAAGUGAUCAUCACAAGUGACCUUUGAGUGACCAUCCACGAGUGACCCUCACCACACCGCCGCUGACCGGGCAGGAGCCGGCCCCGUUGUGCCCCCUCACCAGAGCUGCCCUCACAGCCUGAGUGUCCCUUUGUCCCCAGGAUGGUGCCUGGUCCUUGGCCCCCAGCCCAGGGAUGGGGCUGGCAGUGCUGCUCCCCAGGCAGGGAGUGUGGAAUGUUCAACCAUGGCCAUAAAAUCUUUUCCAGAGGCAGAAUCCAGUGGGAUGGCAGCAACAGAGGGAGUGAGCCCAAAACCCCAAACCCUGAAACCUCUCCAAACCCUGUAGGCAAAGCCCCAGCUGCAGGGAAGGCUGCAGGCAGCCAGGACACAGCCAGGAUCCACAGCUCCACAGAGGAAUUCCAGGACUCAGGGUACCAGGGAAGGGUGGUCCAGGGAGAUGCCAUCCUGUGGGGUGCUGUUCAUAGCUGCAAAUUUAUAUUUUUUAUAUAA